CCGGGCUGGGCCGCGGGGUCGGGCCGAGCGGAGCGGGUCAUCAUUUAAUAUGGAAGAAGAUGAAUUCUUGGGAGAAAAAACAUUCCAGCAUUAUUGUGCAGAAUUCAUUAAACAUUCACAACAGAUAGGAGAUGGUUGGGAAUGGAGGACAUCAAAGGAUGGUUCUGAUGGCUACAUGUGCAAAACGUACCUUCAAAGUAAUCAGACUUCGGCACCACAUCCAGGAGCAUCUGCUCAUUCACAGACGUGUCUUUCCAUGGAGGAGGCUUUACAGCUACCCUUGGAUGAUUUUGAAAUGACUGAAACUGCAGUGGAGUCCGAAGUGAUUAAAUAUGAGUAUCAUGUCUUAUAUUCCUGCAGCUACCAAGUGCCUGUACUUUACUUUAGGGCAAGCUUUUUAGAUGGAAGACCUUUAACUCUGAAGGACAUAUGGGAAGGAGUUCAUGAGUGCUACAAGACACGGCUGCUGCAGGGACCAUGGGACACUAUUACCCAGCAGGAGCAUCCAAUACUCGGGCAACCCUUUUUUGUACUUCAUCCCUGCAAGACGAAUGAAUUCAUGACUCCUGUAUUAAAGAAUUCUCAGAAAAUCAAUAGGAAUGCCAACUACAUCACAUCCUGGCUGAGCAUUGUGGGACCAGUUGUUGGGCUGAAUCUGCCUCUGAGUUAUGCCAAAGCAACUUCUCAGAAUGAGUGAAAUGCUGAUUGACAAGAUUCUUCUAUUGAGCUUAGACACUGUGACAUGAAGAAGGCCAAGCAUUUACCUGUCUCGUCCUGGCAUUAUUAGGACCACUGCCAUGCAAUAUUUCAUCUUACCAAGAGCUGACAUGGAUAUUUUUUCUCCUUAGAAGCAGAUGUCUGUAGUAACUGAUAUUUGAUAUGCUGAAUGUUUGGAAGAAACAUCAAAAAAACAAAUCAUUAUAAAUAACAAGAAAAUGAAUCUUAUUCAGUAAUCCUAGAAAUACUGACAUCACAGAGGGCUUGCAGUCCAUUUUUUUCUGGGCCAAGCACUUCAUCUCUCUUUUUGCAUUAUGAAGAUUGUUGGAGAAAUAUUUUUGUGUGCUCCUUUUAAUGUAUGAAAAUCAAAAUACAGCCCCUGGAAAUGGA